AGUUUCACACGAAUUGCUGUCUGUCUAUCGAUACUUCACUAUUCAGUGGAAGCGUUGUUUCAUUUGUCACGACUUUUAUACUUUGCCGACAAAUUGCAAGUCGUUAGCUAUAGUUUUAAACUGUGGAAUGUGCUGUUCGUAUUGGCGCGCUUGGGCUCCAUCACGCUAUCGGUGCUAACUUUCUGGUACGGGUUGGCCGCCCACCAGACCGCCCAACUCAAUGUGGCCGAAGGCAACUUUAAUACACAAAUCAUUAGGAUCAACUGUUUGGCGGCCAUAUGUCUGCUGCAGGCGUGGAUGAUGUGGAACUUCAUUAACUUUCAUUUGCGACGAAUGCGUGAGAAGGCGGCCGAAGCGGCGGCCCUUCGCAAGAAGGGAGGACAGGGAGGCGUUCGCACCAAAAAGCCCAAGAAGGAGGUGAAGGAGAAGGAGGACGUGUCCGAACUGCCCGAAGUGGACCAAAACACUAAGAAAGGGCUCGUCCACCGGCCCACUAAGGCGUCCCCCAAAGUCAAAUAGACAUAGCUUUACGUCUGGGCUUUAGGGUUAGAGUGAGAGCCAAAGGGAGAGAGAGAUAGUGUUGUUUUAAAUGAUAGUUUUAUUUGUUUUUUCUGUUUCCUAUUGUGUGUGAAAAUUGAAUGACUGAUUGGUUGGAGAGAUUGUAUGCAUUUUUUAGUGUCAUUUAUUAAGAUUUAUUUUGUUUGAAUGCAAAAUGUUUGAGAAUUUUUCGCUUUUUUGUUUAGUUAUAUUUCUUCCAACAUUUUAUUGAUUUUUUUUUACUGUAUAUGAAUCGCAAAAUGAUUUUUAUUUUGCCCAACGUUUAGUGUUAUAAUUUAGGCCCGAUAUCGAGAUAUACAAGUUAAUCAUCUUGCUAAUACAAUAUCAAUACUUCUCGGUAAACAUUAUUGUAUUUUAAGGUGUGUUUUCAAUUGGUUUUUUCAAUUAUUAUUAUUAAUUCACUGGUGUUUCCCAUAUUAACCCUCUCUUCCCAUACUUUCCAAUCAUUUUGUUGUUGUGUUUUUUGGUGGG